UCUGUCAAUGGGAGUCCCCGGCCUUGUUGAUGAGGCCCACUGCAGUCAGAAGAAAACUGUUCUUGUGACAUGAGGUUUGGUCCUAAAGGACCGCAUAAAGUUUGUGUCCAAGGGUGGGAGGGAUCGGCCACAAUCUUUCCUGACCGCCUCAGGGUCCCGGAGGUGUUCCGGGAGGGAUGGCAGAUUGCAGCCAAUCACCUUCUCAGCAGAGUGAUGAUACGCUGCUGUCUGCCCUUGUCCUUGUCAGUGGCAGCAGCGUGACAGGUAGAGGAGGGGAGGAUGGACUCGAUGAUGGCAGUGUAGAAGUGCAACAUCAUUGUCUUUGGUAGGUUGAACUUCUUUAGCUGUUGCAGGAAAGUACAUUCUGUUCUGUGCCUCAUCGAUGAGGUCCUGGAAGAUGAUGUAACCCGGGAAGCGCAAGGACUCCCCAGUGUUGACUGGGGAGUCACCCAGGGUGAUGGAGGCGGGUGGGGCUGUGUUCUUCCAGAAAUCCACAACCAUCUCCACUGUCUUCAGAGCAUAGAGCUCUAAGUUGUCCUGAAUGCACCAGGUCAUUUAGUUGGUGUUAAUAAAAUAACCCACGGCUGUGAUCUAAUUAUGAUGAAUGAUGCGUUGACAAAAUGCCCAGUGUCCUAAUGCUUUCAUAUUAUAAUGUACAGUACAAACAAUACAUUUGAUUCAAAGUAAGCAUUCAUAGGAUAUAAAUUGGCCAAAUAAAGUGGCCAUCUUAAAAGGGUGUGACAUGGGGCAGACAAGCACAUGGUAUGCACAUACUAUAUAAAGGAUAUUUGUAUAACAGAGUUUAAUCCAUCCUUCACACCUAUGCAAAAUCCAAUUUUUGUAGCACAUUGCUACAAUUUUUGAAACAGACUCCUGUAUCUCAGAAUCCAUAAUGAUACCUUGAUUUAGAUAUUGAGCCUCCUAGAAUGGAUAAUGUGGGUUACUUAGCGUUGGUAGCUACUGCGUAUCAUUAAGUGCAUAUAACUAAACUGUACUGCAGGUAAAUUCAUAAAAUAAGGCUAGAUUGAUAGUUGUCUACCUGGAUGAUCAUAAGAAAUCAUAAGUUGCUGCCUUGUUGAGAAGUUGUAAAGUUACAGUGCAAGUGAGUGUUCAAACCAUGAAUGUAUUAGAAGUUCUUAUAAUGCAGUGGUUCAAAGGUCUGUUUAUCCUGUAAAUCAACAAUCUGGGAAUGUAUUAGUGACAUUGACAGAUUAGUGACCACCACCCCGUGACGUAAGGACGCAAGAAGCGGGCGCAUUGCAUUGUGGUCACCGGUGCCUCGGAAACAGAAAGCAGUGGCGCCGCGCUCCAUGGAACUACGCCAAGAGGCCUUAACAUUCAGUCUACUCUGGACACAGUAAAAGUUCUGUAGUUGGUGAGCUUUGACCGCCUACAAAAGCAGCCAUGUCGUCGACAUCCCAAAAACAUAGAGAUUUUGUGGCCGAGCCCAUGGGUGAAAAGCCUGUGAUGGCUCUUGCAGGCAUUGGAGAGGUCCUUGGCAAGAGACUGGAGGAAAAAGGUUUUGACAAGGCGUAUGUCGUCCUCGGGCAGUUUCUAGUGCUAAAGAAAGACGAGGAGCUUUUCCGGGACUGGCUGAAGGACACUUGCGGGGCAAAUGUCAAACAACAAGGUGACUGCUAUGGCUGUCUUAAAGAAUGGUGUGACGCCUUCUUAUAAAGCAUUCAGUCGUUGUUUUAUACUUCUAAAGUCCAAACUGUACAUUACAUUUGUGAUCUUGAUUCAAUUCAGCUACACCAUAUAUAUGAACUGACAAAGUCCACUCUAGGGAGAGUAUUGAAGUCAAUUUAUUUUUAAAUUAUACUUAAACCCCCCAAACUGAAUUCACACAUUACACACACAGGUAGCCCUUUUAUGGUGGACAUUUUAACUUGUCUGAGUAGUAAAAGUCCAUUUCGGUCUACCAGUAAGUUUUAUGUCAUGUCACUGAGCCAGCAUGCAAGUAUCAGGGCUGUGACACAGGGACACCUAAAUGUAAUGCAGCCUUUAUUAAUGUUAUGCUGUGAGAACCAACUAUACAGGUGCCUCAGGCUAACACUGUUAGUUUCCAGUUUUGGGAAAAAGCGGCACAUGUUCAUAAUAUUAAUGUUGUCCGACGUCAUUGGAAUAUUGCAUGUACCUUCUGCUAAAGGUUGAAUUUUAAAUGUCCAUUUUCCAUUGUUGGUCAUGCACUGGGAAUGUUUUUUAGCUAAAAAUGGCUAGCUUGUUCUAUGUUUAAACCUUAUACCUUCAGACACAUUUUGAUGUUUCAGUUCAGCACCCAUUUUUCUUUCUGUGUAACCUGAUGAUUUACCAGUACAAUAUUUGUACUCACCUGUCACUCUUGGGCUUCUUACCCCGUUUGCCUGUUUUUAAAGCCAUUGGAAAGUUGAUGUAAGCUUUUUUUUUUUUUUUUUUUAAAUAUAUAAAUGGCAAAUCAUAUCAGUUUAGUAUUAUGUACUUUUGGUCCACCAACAAUGUUUAAAAGAGGUGCAUUGUCUGUUUGAACUGUCUUACAGCGGGUGUGACUGAUUUAUGUGACACAAAAACUAAUCCUCAAAACUAAUCCUACACUGUUUUAGCAGAAUAUUUUUAUUUUUUACAAAAACUUUUUACUUUUGAUCUCAAAUAAAGAAACAACGUGGCCAGACCCCCACAUAUGGCCUGCUCAAAGUUUGUUUGAACCCGAAGAUGGAAAAGUAUAUGAAUAAAGAUGCCAAUGCAACAUUCUCAAACACUUUCAAAAACGUUUCAGUCUAUUGCUGAUUGCUGCAGCCUUUACAUCCAAUAAUUUACUUACAAGUACAGGUAUGUGUCUGCCAGAUAAGCUAGCAGUAAACAUACAUUACAAACAAUUAGGGGUGUGCAAAAAAAAUCGAUUCACAUUCGAAUCGCGAUUCAAGCUCUACAGAUUCAAAAUCGAUUUAUAGAAUUCCAAAAAUCAAUUCAUAUUUUUUACGUGGGAAAAGUAACUACAUUUACAUACUGUGAAUCGUUUUUUAAAUCGAGAAUCGUUUUUUGAAUCGAAUCUUGAGCCUGAAAAUCGAUAUCGAAUCGUGACAUUUUCUGAAUUGUGCAUCCCUCCAAACAAUACAUUUAGUGCCUGCUGGAAGUGCUGGGUGUAAAGAGAAAUGAGUUGUGACAAGUAUAACACAUUCAUAUUGAUGCAACGUGUUGGUGUGCUUAAGCAGCUACCAGGAUGUAAGAUUUUGAUUAAACACUGUCCGAAUUAUAUGACAGCCAUCUAAGUCAAAACCCAUGACGUGAUACAGUAAACCAAUCAGCACCCUGUUUGUCCCUAAGAGGCUAAAGUAGUUGAUAUGCUGUACUUGUAUAAUAGAAUGUAUUUAAAGCUUCAGUAGAAAUUGACUUAGUUUAACAAGAGUGAGGUAAAACCCCAUCCCUUUUCUUUACCUUCACAAAAAGAUAAAUCCAUGGUCACGGUUUCCACUGGCUUAAAUGAAGAUGGAAUACCACAGUAUGUCCAGCACGGAUGUAUUUUGUAACACCAACAAGCCUGAUUUAGGUCAGGUCUUCAUAACUGAGCUUGAAAUGAUCUUGAUGCCUUAAUGCAUGCUAGUUAAAGCAUUUUAUUUACUCAGAUGAACUAUAAAACCUGCAGUAACGCAUGUCCAGGCUGUGUCACUUAAUCUUCCACACACCACCUGCCACUUGAAGAUGUAACCGAUGUGUAGCAGCUUUUUUUUUUUUUAAACACUGCCUGAUGUGUUUGCAUUUGACUGUGAAAACUUCAGUUUUGAUAUUGCUCCUAUU